AAGAUGGUUGUACUCAAGGCGUUACGGCCGGCGAUUUGUUUUACCUCCUCCAGUUAUGAUGGUGGUCGCUUGGCACCGGAGGACAAGGUUAGAUUCGUGAAGUUUCCAUUGCCGGCGUUGUCGCUUUCUUUGAGGUUGAGUAGCGGCAACAAUGCCAAGUUGAUAUUGGUUCAGGCAACGGAGGAAUCGUUUAUGCGGAUUACGAAUGAUGACGCUGCUUCUAUUUCAGGUGAAUAUCUCCACCAGAUAGCUACUAAUGGCAAGACAACAAACAUUGUAUGGCACAAAAGUCCGAUUGGGAAAUUUAAUCGGCAAGAGUUACUUCAGCAAAAGGGUUGUAUCAUAUGGAUUACGGGUCUCAGUGGAUCAGGAAAGAGCACUCUGGCUUGUGCUCUAUGCCAUGCCUUGCAUGCUAGGGGAAAGUUGGCUUACAUCCUUGAUGGGGAUAAUGUUCGGCAUGGUUUAAACCGUGACCUUAGCUUUAAAGCAGAGGAUCGAGCGGAAAACAUACAAAGGAUUGGUAAAUGCUCAAAACUCUUUGCUGAUGCAGGCAUCAUCUGCGUUGCCAGUGUAAUAUCUCCCUACAGAAAAGACAGGGAUGCCUGUCGUGCGCUGUUGCCAGAAGGAAAUUUCAUUGAGGUGUUCAUGAAUGUGCCACUCCAAAUAUGCGAAGCAAGGGACCCAAAAGGCCUAUACAAGCUUGCAAGAGCUGGAAAAAUUAAAGGUUUUACUGGCAUAGAUGAUCCGUACGAACCACCCCUGAGUUGUGAGUUAGAAUUGCCACAAAAGGGAAAUAUCUGUGCUUCCCCAUGCGAAAUGGCUGAUAAUGUGAUAUCUUACUUGGAGGAGAAGGGUUAUCUGCAGGCCUAGCAAGAAAGAAACCCUGCAAUUCCAGGUUGCCAUAAUCAC